CAGUUGGUAGUGUGGGGAGCUGGCAUGUUGACUGUCGCCAGCUGGACGUCGGACUGGUGGUUAUAGAAGGGUCGGUUUAUUUCUCUGGCUCAUCGUUUUUUCUUUCACUGGAAUAGGUUGUAUUCUGGACGCGCUGUUGCGGUUUUUCUAAACAUAUUUUAUAAUUACACGAUAAAGAAGUCUUUCCUGAUCUGUCCUAUCCGAAGACCCGUGCGCACGCUCCUCGAUCGCGAAUGUCGGAGUUUGUAGUUUUUUGCCAUCCAGGUGUGUCAUUGCUCCUUACGUCUCCCGUACCUUCACCAGAACUACAUAUCCCAGAAGCCCUUUGCGAGUCCAAGUUGGGAUCGCUGUUGAGAGAUUUUACAAAAAAAAAAAAAAAAGGAACGGUGAGGGUUUGUGUAAUGGGCAGGACCGCGACACCUUGAUGGCCUAUAGUGUCACCUGCUGGAGGCCUCGUAACACAUUUCACGCUUUAUUGACAAACUAGAAAGUCUGUGGCGUAUACCGACAGUCAACCGUAACUGUCGAACUGUAACAGUAAGCGAAGAGACCUCGAAGGUUGUCCCUGGAUAGUGUUGGUUUCAUAUUUUAUUUAGACACAGGCAUUGACGUUACGAUUUUUUUUAUUGCCUCCUGUGUUCGGUCGGCUGUGGGUUUCUACCAGCAUUCCAAAGGCUUAUCUUGUCAGGUCGAUAAGAAUCGUAAAUUGGCCCAAACGUCAGCGCACUUAGCUGUGAACCUGCGUCCAGUGCUGCAGUUUCUUUUCCUGGUGCCGCACGGGCAUAGUCCAUCCAUCAACGACCCACGGUCAGGGUUAUCAAAGAGGAAGUUGAAUUUGAAGAACCACCAUCUAAAGUCCUGUUCAUAUCAGCUGGUAAGCACUUGUUAAACAAGGAGGGAAUGAAAAUUUUCAGAAAAGCAUUGAAGAAGAAUGGAAGGGUUACCAAGCCAGUGAAAACUGAGAGCUGCAUACGGUGUUGAAAAUCAUUUAUAGUGUAUGCAGAAGAAUCUGUGUCUUCUGCUAUGUUGGCUGUCUGGAACAGGAUUGAUGUCUUUCCGUGGUUACAUUAUAACCAGCUACCUUUCCUAUUUUUCAAGUUUGGAGGACAUUGGCAGGACAUUUAGCCAGAGAUGAGAAGCACUUUCUUGAUACAAUUAGCUAUUGUGAGCUUUUAUGGACUAUGACAAGUUAUCGCAUUAUUCAAAAUGACCUAAUGGUUGAAAUGGUAGGUCCGAUAUCAUUCGGAAGUGGAGGGAGUGCUGAACCAUCAGGUGGUGAUUACUGUGCACAUCCUUUUCGUGUACAAAACGGAAAUGCGGUGCAUUUACUUCAGGAACCUUGCCCACCACGAAUUAGUAGUUCCACUCCUAUUGUUCCUAAAAUGGGGGUGCGAGCCCGCAUUGCAGACUGGCCCCCCAGGAGAGAGCUUUCAAAAGAAUCUCUUUUGACUCCUCACCCUCGUGAAACUGAUCCUAGUUCAUUGCGCACCCAUGGCUUUCAAAAUGGGCAGCUUUAUCAUACCACUUCAAGCUAUCAACCUUCCCUAGGAGGAUUUAGAGGUUUUCAGAAGAUUGGAAGACGACGGUCUAAAGAUGUGGAAUUUCAAGAUGGCUGGCCCCGGUCCCCAGGGAAGACCUUCAUUCCCCUGCGUAACCGAAGUAACAGUGAGAUCACUCUGAGUGAAUGUGAAGUGGAGACUUUUGAUCCUCCUAGGGGCAUUAAACAUGGAUCUACGGGCAUGCCUCUUUUCAGGGAAUAUGGCAGCACAUCGUCUAUAGAUGUUCAAGGUAUUCCUGAGCAGAGCUUCUUUGAAAUGCUUAAUGAGUUCCGGCAGGAAAUGCCUGAUCAGAGGAGUGCUGCUCCUGAAAAAUUGAAUGAGUUACUACGUGCUGAUACUAGCCCUGAUUCCACUCUAAGCAGUAGGACACCUAAGAAUGACCUUAAAAACAGUCAGCUCCGAGAAGAUGGAAAAUCUUCACUAAAGACAGAGCGAACACGCAAAAAGAGUGGAAAAUCCGAUGGGAAUAGUAGUACAGAUUCCUCGAUUUUUCGUAAGUUGCGUAGCAGCAGGAAUGACGUUGAUACACCUAGUAAGGGAGGUCACAUUGACCUGGAGGACAGCAGGCUACAGGAAUACAUAGCAAAACCAUGGUGUUGCCAGAAGAGCUUUGCACAUUACGAUGUGCAGAGUGUCCUCUUUAAUCUUCAGGAGGUGGUGUCAAAUAGAAUCUGCGUGGCCCAGAGGAAGAAUACAACAACAGGUGCUUCGGCUGCCUCCGCUGUUUCAAUCUCAGUUUCACAAACUCUUAGCCUGGGAAAUCUUGAACCUGCUUUUGCAAGCACUGAAGAUUUGAACUAUAAGGAGAACUUAGAGCCUGAUCUUGGAGAUAGCAACUGCAAUGACCUGUUGCUGAGCUGCCCACAUUUCAGAAAUGAAAUAGGUGGAACACUUGAGCGUAAUGUCAGCUUCCUGAAGUCAGCAGCUGGUUUUGCCAGUAAUAGUGAUGGUGGAGGGUUUAUGGAGGCAAAUCUUAACAUGCACUGCACAAAUGCCAGCAUCUCUGUUCUGGAAAUCACCAAAGACCUUCAGAACUGCCGAAUGGAGAGACUGAAGUACUAUGCUAUUGAGCAUGUAGAUCUGGGGGCAUUGUACUUUCAAGAAUUCUUCCAUAACAAAGAACAUUUCAAUUACUUUGGAGUAGAUGAAAGACUUGGUCCAAUAGCCAUAAGCAUCCGAAGAGAGAAACUAGAAGACAGCAAGGACUACAAAGAACAAUACCAGUAUAGGAUUAUCUUCAGGACCAGUGAGCUAAUAACUCUUCGAGGCACAGUCUUAGAAGAUGCAGUUCCCUCCACUACAAAGCAUGGUACAAUUCGAGGUCUGCCACUGAAAGAUGUGCUGGAGUACAUCAUUCCUGAACUGAACACACCCUGCUUACGGCUUGCCAUGAGCACUCCCAAGGUGACGGAGCAGUUGCUGAAGCUGGACGAACAAGGGCUCAGCAAAAAACACAAAGUGGGCAUUCUCUUCUGCAAAGCAGACCAGUGCUCUGAGGAGGAAAUGUAUAAUAACGAGGAGGCGAGCCCAGCCUUUGAGGACUUCCUGUCGCUUCUUGGGGAGAAAGUGUGUCUUAAAGGGUUCACAAAAUAUGCUGCUCAGCUGGAUACUAAGACGGAUUCAACUGGAACCCACUCUCUGUACACUACGUACCAAGACUAUGAGAUCAUGUUUCAUGUUUCCACCAUGCUACCCUACACACCUAAUAAUCGACAACAGCUGCUUCGUAAGAGACACAUUGGAAACGACAUUGUCACCAUCAUAUUCCAAGAGCCUGGCGCCCUGCCAUUCACGCCUCAAAGUAUUCGGUCACACUUUCAGCAUGUGUUUGUUAUUGUGCGUGUACACAACCCUGGCUCAGAAAAUGUAUGCUACAGUGUGGCAGUCACAAGGUCCAAGGAUGUACCUUCAUUUGGUCCUCCAAUUCCAAACGGGGCACCAUUCCACAAUUCUAAUGUUUUUCGAGACUUCUUGUUGGCCAAAGUGAUCAAUGCAGAAAAUGCAGCUCACAAAUCAGACAAAUUCCAUACCAUGGCAACACGCACACGUCAGGAAUAUUUGAAGGACCUAGCUGAGAACUGUGUAACCAACACGCCCAUUGACUCAUCUGGAAAAUUCAACCUCAUUUCCUUGGCCUCUAAAAAGAAAGAGAAAACGCGUGCUCGUGAUGGAGCUGAUCUGGACAGCUUUGGUACUAUUGUUUGGCAUGUAUCUGCACAAGAUUUCAGUCAAGCAACAGAAAUCAAUUGUUUUUUGGGCAUAUCUAAUGAAUUUGUGGUACUUCUCGAUAUUGCCUCCAAGGAAGUUGUUUUUAACUGCUUCUGUGAAGAUGUAAUAGGUUGGACUCCUGACCGCUUGUCUAUAAAGAUCUUCUAUGGUCGAGGAGACCAUAUAUUCAUUCGUGUGCUGGAGGACAAUGCAGCCGACAUCAGAGAGAUAAUUCAAAGAUUAAAGGUUAUGACCAAAGGAUGUGAAACAGUCGACAUGACACUGCGCCGUAAUGGCCUGGGACAGCUGGGAUUCCAUGUUAAGUUUGAUGGCACAGUUGCUGAAGUUGAGGAGUAUGGCUUUGCCUGGCAAGCAGGGUUGCGACAGGGCAGUCGACUAGUAGAGAUCUGCAAAGUGGCUGUAGUGACCCUGUCUCAUGAGCAAAUGAUUGACCUUCUCAGGACUUCUGUAACUGUCAAGGUUGUCAUUAUUCCACCGUACGAUGAUGGAGUUCCCCGCAGAGGCUGCACAGAGGAGUAUGAGAUGAGGACAGUUGACCAGAAGCCAGAGUCUGAUAACCUUCCUGCUUCAUACAGAGCACCUUAUCGGAGUAACUCAGCCUGGCAAUGGUCUUCACAAAAUGCAUCUCAACCCCAGAGGUGGAUGACGCCAGGCAUGAUCCAACAACCUGUUGCCUGGCCACAGAAACCUGUAGUGGCAGUACCGUAUAGAGAACCUCAGCCUCUACAGAACAAAAGACCUGUUAGUUUUCCAGAGACCCCGUACAACAAUGCUGCUCCUCGUGUUGUUGACAGAAUUCAGCCUUACAGGAACUCCUCAGGAAGCUUUUCAAGUCCUGGAACAGGUGCCAUAGGACCACUGCCACGCUACAAGCACUCCCAAGAUAGGUAUAACACACAGCAAAGGGCCAUUCUAGGGUAUGAACAGCAUCUGAGCCAGGAUACGAUGUCCAGUGGGGAGUCCUCAUCCGGUUUUACCAGCCAAGAGAGCACAAUGGAGCGAGUUAAAUCAGAACCAAUGUGGCAUGUACCAACACAGUCAAGGAUGGUUGUGUCAGGGGGAUGUGUCCCAAAAAGAAGCAACAGACAAGAACUGCUCAGGAAGGAAUCUCCAAACAGACAUUCCAGGGGUGAAGUUCACUACUCCAGCCAUUCCAGCAGUAACACAUUGUCUAGCAAUGCAUCCAGCAGUCACAGUGAUGAGCGCUGGUUUGAUUCCGUGGAAGCUGUAGAGGCUGAUCAGGACCCAAUGGGUAAAGGAGGAUCCAGUGAUAGUGGAAUUGAUGCUUCUACUUUGUACACACCUAGCCCUAAUUCCACUGCAGUAAAACCAGGUCGUACUGCACCCCUCACUCUGCCCCAGCGAGAUAAACCCCAGAAGACUAUCCAGGGCUCAGCUACCUACAGCGGGUUGCAGGAAUACACCAGCCGCACAACUGAGAGAGACAAGAGGCGAGAGUCAUCUCCAGCAAUCAACAUCUCUAGUCAGGAGAAAGGAUACCGGACAAAAUCCUUUGGCAGCAUUGUCAAUAGCAAUACUACUCCUGGAGCAAAUUCUGGCAACAGCGAUGUGUUCAGACAGACAAGAGUUGGGUAUACACCACAAGGCUACAAAACACCAGGGCACGAGAAACCUAAAUCUACAAAGGGGUCCCAACCUGGGGGUCACCAGCUUUCUACCUCCGUACCCAAGUCCUUCUAUUCCAAGAGCAAACACCUUACUUCCUGGAAGAAAACUGAGGAAACCUCUACCCACCCUGGCACUUUCACUGAGCAUAAGAAGCAACCUGACAAUUCUAAAAAUGUCUUUGGACAACCUAGACUAAGAGCUUCCCUGAGAGAUCUGAGAUCACCCAGAAAAAGUUACAAAUCAACCAUUGAAGAUGACCUCAAGAAGUUAAUCAUCAUGGACAAAGAUUCAGAGCAAGAGAAGGAUGGGUCGCCAAGGAAAACACUGCAAAGAACAUUUUCGGAUGAGAGCAUUUGUAGUGGUCGACGAGACUCAAGCUAUGCUAACAGCCAGCUCUAUGACACAGAUUUAGCUAAUGACCUCCUGUUUACUAGCACUUUGCCAACCCGCAAACAAUACCAGCCUCAGAGCAGUGCCAAUCUGCCGGAGAAGAAGUCAAUGGUUUCUGCUUCUGAGCUGUCUUUAUCAGAGGCACGUGACAAGAACUCACUGAGAAGACUUGAUCCUGGAAUGAUGCCCUUGCCUGACACUACCUCAGGAUUAGAGUGGUCAAGUCUAGUUAGUGCUGCCAAGGCUUAUGAAGUGCAGAGAGCUGUAUCUCUCUUCUCUCUCAAUGACUCUACUGUGAGCCCGGACGUCAGACCAGUGCAAAGCCCGGGUCCCACCCACACAGGCAAUGACAGACAAAAUACUCCAAGAACAACGCCCACUAUAAGUGAGGAAGUUCCCCCUGACCUUACUGGCAGAUUGUACCAUUUAGAGGUCAUGCUGAAGCAACUCCACAAUGACCUGGAGAAGGAAAAGAAAGAUAAGGUUGCAUUGCUAGCUGAAGUAGCCUGUUUAAGAGAAAAUAACCAGCGGCUUCAAGAGGAGUCUCUGACAGCUAGUGAGCAGCUAAAGAAGUUCAGCCAGAUUUUCUCCAACUCUGUGGAAAGGAAGUAGACAUGAAAGGACCCAGAUUUGAGCAGGUUCGAGUAUCUGACCUAUUUCCAGAAAGGAAAUGUUCAUUGAAGAUACAUGUAAAAAGCUUGAAAUGAAACAUUUAAACCACUUUUUUUGGUGCAGCUAAAUAAUAGAGUUUUUCCCUCCUGGAUUGAGUGAACUGUAUUUAAAGUAAGAGCUGAGUAACAGUUAUCAACAGAUUUCACUACAAACAGUUAGGUGUCUGUGAUGUUCUCAGUAUUCCUCCAGGAAGGAAAAAAAAGUCACUCCCGAGGACUGAUGAUGGAGCGCAAUAUGUAGGAAUAACCACACUGGAAUGGAAUCAGCUGGAAUACUCAAUACCAUUUGAUAUCUGAAGACAAAUUCAACCCAGACUUUUGAAACUCUGAGCCAGUUUGGUGAGAAUCAGUCACCAAGACUAUUGUUAUUCUAUUAAAAAGCCCAGAGUCGGCUAUGUUUUUGUAUAUUUGAUCUGAAAAACUAAUUGAGCAGUCCAUCAUUCAGACUUCAAAAACUGGCGGUAUUUUGUUCAGAAUGGCUUCUUGUAAAGAGUGUCUAUGUGAUUUUGCAAUUUCAGACUUUGAAUAUGAAAAAAAUAACUGUCUGGCAAGUUAAAGGAAAAAAUAUCUGAGUGACGUUUAGAUUAUUAUCUUU